GAACCAGCUCCAGAAGGUAGCUUCAUCGCCGAGGCGUCCUUCUCUCGCGCGCCCGUCAACUCGCGCCUCCCCCACAUCUCGCCGCACCGUGUCGCCUCCCAGCCCACCACCUCGUCCACCGAGCCGCUCGACGGCCUCAACGCCGAGCUGCAGGAGGCCCUCGUCACCGAGGACCUCUUGUCGGUCCUCAUGGGCGUCGAAGGCCGCUACGUCGAGUUCGACCCCGAGUACGCGCCCGAGGACGACUACGAGCGGCUCCAGGGCGCCCACUUUGUCGUCGACCCUGCUCUCGACCCGCGCAUCGGCGCCCUCGUGCAGCGCUUUCUCCCGCUCGCGACCUACUACACGGGCGUGACGGCCUUUGUCGAGGAGUACUCGGUCCUCGAGCACGGUACGGUCAACCACGCCCUGUGCGCCGCCAUACGCGAGAUGCUCCGGGACUACCUCGUGCUCCUCGCACGCCUCGAGGAGCAGUUCAACUCGUCGUCGUCGUUCACGCUCCAGCGCUUCUGGCUCGUCGUCCACCCGGCCCUCGACACGCUCCAGCUCCUCCACGCCCUCACGACCGAGAUCGUCGCCCUGAGCGUGCCCUCUCCCGACGACGACGACGACGAGUCGGGCGCAGGGUCGGGCGGCGACGACGCCGAGAGCGACGACGGGUACGGCGCAGGACUCGGCGACGUCCUCGCCGAGCUCAACGCGGCGACGGCCGCCGCCCGCCCGUCCUCGGCCGCCAAGGUCGCCCCCUGGCGCCUCGGCCCCGCCCUCGGCGGCGAAACCCUGCACCUCCUGUCGUCGCUCCACACGCGCACGCGCGGCAAUCCGCGCGCCGCAGCCCUGUACGCGCACCUCGUCCUGCGCGCGUCGCAGCCCUACGCGCGCAUCCUCGUCGCCUGGAUCGAGACGGGCCGGCUCGACGACCGGUGGGACGAGUUCUGCGUGCGCGAGCAGCGAGGGUACGAGGCGGCCGGGCUCGACCGCGACUUUACCGACGAGUACUGGGAGAGGCGGUACACGCUCAGGGGGGACCGGCCGCAGUCGGCGGCGGCAGCGGCGGCGGGCGGGAUCGACGACCGGCCGCGCGAGAGGGGGCUCGCGCGCGGUGCGGUCGUGCCGGCGUUCCUCGAGCCAUGGCUCGACAAGGUGCUCCUCGCCGGCAAGUACCUCAACGUGAUCCGCGAGUGCGGCAUCGAGGUCGAGGUGCCGGUCGUCGAGGGCGACGAGGCGCGCGAGGACGGGCUCGUCGACAUGCAGGAGGAAGGGUUCUACCGCCGCAUCGAGACGGCCUACACGUACGCCAACAAGACGCUCCUCAAGCUGCUCCUCGAGGAGGAGCACCUCGUGUCACGCCUCGAGACGAUCAAGCAGUACUUCUUCAUCAACCAUGGCGACGUCUUCACGCACUUUCUCGACAUGGCCGACAAGGAGCUCGGCAAGCGCAAGAAGCGCAUCAUGCUCGAGCGCCUCCAGACGCAGCUCGACCUCGCCCUCCUGCGCGCCGCGCCGCCGUCGACAACGGCCGACGGCGCCCCGGCCGCGUUCAAGGACGACCUGCGCAUCGUGUUCGAGGACGUGACGGUCGCCGAGUGGCUCCUCAAGGUUGUCAACCAGACGGGCGCGCUCGUCGGGCCCGACGGCGUCCAGGUCGACGCGCUCGAGAGCGCCAAGAAGGCGGCCGCCGACAAGCAGGCCAAGGACCCGGGCGAGCACACCGGGUGGGACGUCUUCAACCUCGACUAUUCAGUGACGUUCCCGCUGUCGCUCGUCCUGUCGCGGCGAUCCAUCACCUUCUACCAGAUGAUCUUCCGCCACCUCCUGCGACUCCGACACCUCGAGCGCGUCUUCCAGGACACGUGGACCGAGCACCUCAAGACGCCGGCGUGGCGCCGCCGGUCCCCCUACCCCGAGCUCCAGGCGUGGAAGGGCCGCGUGUUUGCCCUCAGGGCCCGCAUGUACGACUUUAUCCAGCAGAUGUUCGACUUUGCCGUCAGCGAGGUCCUCGAGGUGCGGUGGGCCGAGCUGCGCGCCAAGCUCGAGAAGUGCGAGACGGUCGACGAGCUCCUCAACGACCACGACGACUUUCUUAACACGUGCACCAACGAGUGCCUCCUCACCAACGAGAAGCUCCUCGACCUCUUCCACCAGCGCCUGUUCAACACGUGCUACGUCUACGCCAACUACACGUCGUCGUUCACCAAGAUCGUCGUCACGUGCGAGGCGCAGGCCAACGGCGACUGGGCGAGGCUCGGCGGCGAGUUCAAGAAGCACUGGGAGUUCCUCAGCCGGUUCGAGAUCCACUUCAACCACCACAUCUCGCAAGCCCUGUCGUUUCUCCAGCUGCACGCCGCCCGCGAGAACUCGGGCAUCCUCCCGCUCAUCGUGCGCCUGUCGAGCCUCAAGAUGGACGAUGCGCCCAAGGCCGGCGCAGGCGCGAGGUAG